AUGGCGGCAUCUGUUGGUUCAAGAUUUCUCACACCCUGGGUGGGGGACCAAAACCCUCCUCCAUCACCACUUGCUUCGAAUCCCGUCAUUUUCCGUCGGUAUAGCACUGGUAUCGAGUUGUUGGACAAAAAAGACAGGAGAUCAUCCGUGAUUGACCCAGUCAUGGCGUUGAAGAAUUUGAGAAGCUCUUAUCACGGAAAGGGCAAUGGCCGCGGUGUUGAUGAUCUAGAAGAUCGUCCUCGCAAUCGAAUGAAUCAUCAUGGCAGAGAUGAUACUACGAGUUUAGCCGAUUUCUUGAAGAAUCACGAACCCCCAUCGAGCAGCUACAUGUCCGUUCCCUUUGGUCACGCAGACGACAAGGAUCGGGAGUCGAAAUGGUCAAAAUUCAUGGCCAUGAAGCGAAGAAGUAAAUCGGUUCCCAGGCCUCCCCAAAACAUUCAGCUACCAGACUCGGCAGUGUCAGGCGUCACCAUUGGAGGACACCGGCACAUCGCCAUCUCGAUCCCUCUCGAGGCCAUGCCUUUUGCUUCCGACUCAAUAACACAAAAUCCUGCCAAUGUGAAUAACAACACCGGUGCAAGGGUUGGGGGAACAAGGAAUGAGUAUGCAACUCUCCCACGAAACUUUGCCGUCCAGACACAUUCCGGGGAAAAUGGCACCAUCACUGUUUUCCCCACUGCGACUGAUGAGGCUUCUCCAUUGCCUCAGGCCCCUUCCACACAGCGUUCCAGCCUUUUGUCACAGCAGUCCAUCUCAUCGAGCUUGGAUGAGAGGAGUAACUAUACGCAAAGCACUAUAGGAAGCCACCACAAAUCCAGCAGUCAAUCCACGGGGUACUCGACAGAAGGAUCUAUGGGGCCAAGUGCCAGGAACCAAGCGAAGAACAAGCCACCAGGUUACGUCAGUAUAUUUCCAAAGAUUACUGACCCACCGCACAUUAACGCGCAAGGAAUGGUUGUUUGGGGACCUCCGAAGAGCCCGGCCAGGCCAAACAACCAGCAGCGUCCGGCAAGACCCUCAAGCAUGGUUGUUCCUACCGGCCCGAGGCACCGUCACCCUGCACACUCGGCAUCCAUUGAUGGUCUGUUGAGCGUAGUCAAAGACGUCGAGACCGUUCGGGACGGAUACAAUAAGAAGCCGCUUCCGAAGCCACCGGGGAAGGCUGACUCUCGGGCUAAGCAGCAAUACAAACCAGGCAUCGGAUUUCCCUCUCCGAUCACCGAGGAAUCUACCGAUGGAUCCUCAAGGAGUACCAAGCGUAGCGUUCGCAGAGCUGUAUCUGCACAAUCAAUGCUAGCAAUUAACAAGGAGCUUCCUUCUCGCCCAUCAACAGCAGGCUCAAUCCAAAGCCGCCGCGAGAAGGUUCGAGACAAGAAGAGGAGAGACGUGGAAGCUGCAAAGGCGUUCAAAGAGUUGCAGCGACGAAAGUCUGAAGAUCAACAGAAAGAAUACGAAGACGGAGAGCAAUCACAAAAUAAUGCAGACGCAGAGGAGAGUCAGCGACCUCAAACGUCAUCCCUGAAUACUCUUAUUCCCAUUGUCGUUGUGGUUGAUCUCCAACCCUCACCUGGAUUGCCAGAAGACAAGAACGGUGGAAAGGUAUCUUCUCCUCCAUCAAGCUCUCACUCUUCACCUGAUAUGAGCCAACUGCGGCUCUCUCGUGAUAUGGAUAGCGAACUGUAUUUACAGCACAAGCGGAACCUGAUGGACAAGCAAAUCCUACGGCUCUAUGACUCGUACCACGAAAACCGUCUCCGAGAUGUAGAGCGCCGUAUACGCCGGCUGGAGCGCAAUGGCGAUGUUUGGUUGCGCGCUCUGGUGCCCGUCCUGGAUGAUAUGAGUCGCAAUAUUAAGACGUCAAACCGCAUCAACAAAGCUGCACAAGUAGAUGGCGAAGGUCGAGGCUGGGCUUCAGAUGACGAGGUCAGCUCAGCAAGCGCGGGACGUAAAGCUCGCAGCUCCAAACGAACCAAGACACCCACAAGGAGAGCCAGCCUAUCCCGAGAUCGGAUCGUGGCAGGACUCAUUGGAGGAAAGCUUGCGUCUGAUGACAGCGAAAGCAGCGACACGAUGAGCAGGGCCGACGAUGUAAGCGGCCUGGGAAUCAUUGAGCCCCUGAUGAGAGAAUUGGCCGGCGAAGCAAGACGGAGACAGGAGCAGAUUGCGGAGAGAACGGCGGAUGACUGGCGUCACAACACUGUGUAG